AUACGUUACCUUUCAUUUCCCCUUUUCGAUUAUACCUAUAAAGUGUUUUUUUCACAAAGAUGGUAUGUAAGUUAUUGUUAACUUUAAUGUGUUUAAAGAAGUUACUCUCUAUCAUUGCAUAAAGAGAGUAAGUUAUUUUUAUUUUCUUUGUUGAUGCUUAAUUAUGAUUAAGGAAAGUACGUAGCUAUAUUCAUCCGAUUUUUCCUACGGAACACUAAUAUUCAUAAAGGUAAUCAAUAGGCUUAUUUUACAAAUAUCAUGAUUUCCCUUUUAAAAUCACACCUCACAUCCAAACUCUUAUACUUCAAUACAUUCCACAGGGAAAGUAGUGGUUCACUGCACAGAUGGCUUUGGAAGGACAGGAACGGUACUCGCGGUGUUACUUUUGAUGGAAAUGAUCAAGCACGAAAGGCGUUUGGACGUCAAUGAAGUGUUUACAAGUCUGCGAAGAUGCCGUCCUGGGUUGCUUAUGCAGCAGGAGGAACUUGACCUUGCAUUGGCCACUUUGGAUGAGUUUUUACAUGGUCUUGUUACCGCUCACGACGCCUAUGAGUUCAAGAGAAAUUUCAUGGAAAUCAUAAAGAGAUCAAAACCUUUGUUCAAAAAGGCUCAAGAAAUCAAGUCCAUCCCGAAUCCCGAGACAGCUCAGCGACCUCCUUGCCUCAACGUGGACAGCGGUCGUAUGAUGCUGGACGUGGAAGAUACGACCGGAGAUGAAAGCCUCGAUAAAGAUGAAGAAAAUGAGAAAGAGGAUCUAUAUGCCAUAAAUCAAACGCAGGACGAUCUGCAGCAUCCGAGUCAGAGAUGUAUCAACGCCGUUUGGGUUGAUGGUUACAACCGGAAACGGGAUGUCAUCGUAACGAAGCAUCCGCCGGCGGCCAUGAGAGCUGAGUUCUGGCGACUCGUGCUCCGGAACCGCUGCCACGACGUUGUCCUCGCCAAUAAUUACUUAGAAAAUGACGAUGGGCCAGAAUACCCGGCACUCAUACCUGGCGAGGGAGGAGAAGCAACCUUCGGGGAAUGCUCGAUCCAAGUGCUAGCUGCUCAAGCGCCAGCUCAGUCGAUUAUCAAGUAUCAGGUGAAAGUCACAAUGAGUGAAGACGAGGCUUUAAUGGUCAGAGUGUACAAGAUCACAGAUUGGCCUUAUGGACGAGAUAUUCCUCAAUUUCCAUCAGUUGUGAAUUCCCUGACGGAACUUCUGCACGAUGCUGCCUCGACACCUCAAACAGGUCCUAUGUUGUUUUGUUGCGGGGACGGUGUGACAGCAAGCGGACUGCUCGUGGGUGCUUUGUGCGUUCUACGGAGGCUCAGCUGCAGUCAAAAGGUUGACAUUUACCGGACUGUUAUAUUGCUUAGGAGGUUCUGUCGUGAAUUUAUAAUUUCAGAGAAACAGUUCGAGCACCUGUACUUUGUUGCUGCUCGUUAUAUCGACAGUAGGAUGAUCUACGAGGAAUUAGAUUAAGUGAUAUGAUACCAAGAAUCCAGCAACGAUUGGAGAAUCUAAGGUGUAGAAGAAUCCAAUCUUAUAUAGCUGCCGUGAUUCGUACCUACUUUGUUAUUAUGAUAUACUUUAUAAUUUAUUGUGCUGUGUUACUGUCUCUUGACCGAGGAAUUUGAUCUUUGAAAUGGUUAAUUCCUUGUCAGCAGAUUUAUGAACUGUCCCCUUUAGAUUUUUGUGAGUUUUGUUACAUACAGAUAGCUCCACGUGUGUUCAGCCACCAAGGAGUCUAUCAGUAGGCCCUAGUG